AUGUUCUACUCAGGGGCUGAGGUGUUCUCAACCCAUCAUACCUCCCGUCUUGAACACGUGCCUGCUGGCUUCAGGAUACUCUUCCACGAAGCCGAGGUUUGCCUCACUCGAGUAGCUGCUCUGCUACAACCCUUACUCAGUGAGAUAUGCACCAUCGAUGCAGCCACCACAGGGGGCGCUGUAAAGGUUGGCUUGUACGAUCUACGACUGGUGCCAGAACUGGAGAAACAUGUUUAUAAGAGCUCCUCUGAGGCUGGACUCAACGUGAAGGCCGUGGAGGUUGUCGCGGACCCAUCAGGCCAGCUCAGCUGUGGCCUUAGAUACUCCCGGUAUGGUUUCAGAACUGUCGAGCCGGGAGAUCUAGAAGGUGUUGGCAACUUCGGUCAGAGGCGUCGUAGCCCCUCGUACGAGGACGGCCGGGGCCAUCUUGAGAUAGACCUCCAUAAGGCUAUUCACAUUGCGGGUUACGACGUUUAUAUGAUCGAUUACGUCUACAUGCCGUAUGACGUGCGUCAGAAGGAGUCCAGUACAUACGUCUUCGUCAACGUGAAGGAAGCGGUGAUGAUCGAACCCCUCUACGGCAUAUUCGAAGAGUCGGUACGAGAGCCUCCCCCGGCCCUGCAGUUGAAGCCGACCCCUGACUCGACAGAGAUCGUUCCUCAAUCACCGACGGCCUUCCUCCCGAAGAACAACGGGGUCUUCCCCACGCCUAAGGUGCUCCUCGAACCGGGAAGUAUCCUUGUGGCUCCCUCAAGUGAUGAAGAUGUGGUAUCACACGAUGGUACGGACAGGAGUAGCAGUCAGGAGGAGGAGGCCUGCCGAGCUGAUGGACAGGCGAGCACACACGCUGAGGAGCAGUGCCUGUCGACGGCUAUGAUGAUGGUUGACCAUUGCCUGGGGGUGGAGUGA